GAUAAUUCUCUAAAUCCUAAGCAACCCUAAACGUCUUCUAUCUAUUAUAAAUAUAGAAAUUAAACAACAUUCUCAAUACUCAAUAACCUAUCAAACCACCUCUAUACCAAAUAAAAAAUGGCUCUUUCCAUCACCGAACUGAAUGCAGUGAAACCAUUCAAAACUCAAUGGAAGAUCCAAGUGAAAAUCGUCCAUUCGUGGAUUCAAUACACCCAAUAUUCUGGGGAGACUCUCGAGAUGGUUCUUGCUGAUACAACUGGUACCUUGAUUCAUGCAACUAUCAAGAAACAGCAAGUCAACAAAUUUCAAAGGCUCAUCACAACUGGAGAGUGGAGAACUGUGGAAAAUUUCACAGUUGCAAAAUCUACUGGAAAGUACCGGCCAACCAGACUUCCAUUCAAGAUGACCCUCAUGAAUACGACUGCUAUAAGUCGUAUUCCUUCUAUUUCUGAGGAGUUUUACUUUGAUUUUGCUAACUUUCCAGACAUUCUGAAUGUUAAUGGAUUGAAUGAAAACAUCUUGAUUGGUAUUUUUCAUUCCUCCUAAUUCUGUAUAUAGUGUUUAAAGCAAAAAAAUAGCAAUCUAACACCAUUUCAUAUAUUCUACAGAUGUUCUUGGUCAGGUCGUGAGUUUAGGUGAGAUGACAACUCACGAUGUCAACAACAAAGCCACCAAAAGAUUUGAGUUUGAACUGCGUGAUACAAAGUUUGUGAUCUAUUUACUCUAUUAUUUUUUUCAAACAACUGUCUAUUUUUUAAUACAAAAUCUAUCAUUUAUCUAUUAUAGUGAUGAACGCUUGACAUGUACUCUUUGGGGGAGGUUUGCUGAGAGAAUGUGGGAUGCAUGUCAAAAUGGAGGCAAUGAAAGGGUCAUUUGUUUGAUUCGCCUUGCUAAAAUUGGUUCAUUCAAAGGUAUAUUGUUUUGGAUUAUUUACAUUUGGAUGCUUAAUAUGUUUAUUACAUUAUUAGAUAUUACUAAUAUAUUGCAAAUUCAAUAGGCGAAAGAUCUAUU